CGAGUCGCCAACUCUCUGUACCAAGCCAUUGUCCUGAAAGGCUUGUCCCGGCUGCCGGCCCUGUUCCCAAGUGGUUCCUGGGUUCGUCAGACUGUGGCAGCAAGACAAGUCGUUGCGCAUGCCUCGCGCUCCAGGUUCGAGUAAGCGACAGCAAGGCGCCACCAGUCAUCGCGAUAAUCGCCAUGAGAAUGGGCUUGUAGGUCCUGCCAAGCGUUCCUCUGACAAGAAGGGCUCAGGCCUGCUCGACAACUCUCUUCGCCGAUCUGACCAAGGUACUGCUGGCGCUGCUGGACAGUCGACGCCUGUCAAUGGUCACGCCAACAGCCCGUACAAGCAGUGUGUAUAUGAUGCCUCCAACGACUCCCGUACCGACGACCUCCGCCGCUCCUCUCUUGACGCUGUCUCCGAGAUGUCUUCCGACUCGUCCAACGCCAACGGCCUCAGUGGUGUCGAAGCUGGCCACCGCCAGAUCGACGUCAAUGCCAUGAAGAACGCUGAUGUCCACCGCGACUCGGGCCCGUUCGACCUCGCAACCACGGUUCUCAAGUCUCUCCCUAUGCAGGACACACUCGCUAUUCUCAUCAUCCUUAUGCACGUCCCAUCGCUCUCGCUUACCGUUAUAUACACCAUCUUCACGUUCCUUACCUUUGUUCCUCCCGUCGCCACCAGUUCGGGUAUGAGCAUCAACCUUGCCGAGAUUUUCGACGGCAAUUCGACCAUGCCGUCUCUCGUAACUGUCUUGUGUGUUGACUUCUUCUUCCUUCUGAUAUGGCUCUUUCUGUGGGGUCCAAUCCAGGACGCUAUCCUGGAUUUUGCCAAGCCAGUCAUUGCCAUCACUCUUGGAGGAGGGACGAGUGCGAGGGAUGGAACAUCGAGAGGCCUAACCACAUGUUUUAUGUGGGUGAUAGGUCAUCACUUACUUAGGGGCACCAAAGCUCAUUGGGGUCGUGUGGCUCGACACAUACCGGAGCACUGGCGGUUGCCCCACGUUUUCAAUAACUCAGUCGAUUCUGCUUCUAGCGCAUACGAUAAGAUGUCUGCCUACGGAUGGAUUCGAAGUGUUCUCGCCAUUCAUAUUUUAACUCAAGGAAUUGUGCGGUAUAUCCGAGAAUGGUAUCUCAGACGCGAAAAAGCCAACGCUUCUGUUGGUGCCAGCGAUCCUGAGGCCGGAAAGCCACCAAGUGUGAUCAGCGAUACGGCCAAUGAAGGAGGCUUCGCAACGCCUGAUUCUGAAGCAGGCUUGAAUUCGACAUCCACAGUACCUACAAGCAAAAAAAGAAGAAAGCAAAGCACUCAAGUUCGUUUACAGCAACCACUAUGGGCGGCAUUGGCGAGCACCAAGAUUGUUGUGGUGAAGGAGUACGAGCUAUCCCAUGCGGCUUCAGAGUCUGCUGGAACUAAUGCUACCGACAUUCACAAUCUUGGUAAUGCUCCGUUCAACAACCAACCCAACCAAAUUUGGAUAUCCUACAUUGGUAGCGAUGAAGUUUGUUUUAACACUAGCCAUUUUCCCGAAAUCGACGACGACGAGCCGCGUUCGGUUGAAUCUUCAGGUGAAGAUUCCAGACCAGCCAAUAUCGACACCUCGAAGCCAUUCUACGUCAGAGUUAACAAUGCUGUUUGGCAGCCUACUCGCAUGUUCCCGAUCGAGGAGUCCCCAGGAGAGUCUCACGAAGGAGUUCGGUGGACUGGCGAUAUCUACGGACUCAGACCUGCUUCCAAGUAUGUUUGCGAGUUUGUGGAUAGCCAGACCGAUGAAGUUCUGUUUUCAACCAGCAUCAGAACCGUCCAAGCCACUCAGCGCGAGGCCGAUGGUGUUCCACCGCCUGUUGCUAACGGACAGCGCUCCCUUCACCCGGAUUCACCUGCCCUGACUCUCAGGACAUCGAUUGCUGCGGUCGAAGCCAAGCUUAGUGAGGAGAGGUCCCGCCUCAAGACUCUACGAAAGGAGUACAAGAACCGCGCCAACGCCCUCAAGAAGGACAAUGAGUUGACGGAUAAUCAACUCUCUUCGGCUGGAAACCAUGACGAAAAGUAUCGACAGAAGAUUCGUCAGCAAGAGACCCAGAAAGCCCAGGCAGAGCGUGACACCCAGCAACUCGCUGAUCAGCUCAAGAACUUCGAUACUGCACCUGAACUCGGUGAACGUAAAAAGAAGGUCGAGAAGCAGUACAGUAGCGAGAAGAAGGUUUUCGAGGCCGCUCAGAAGGCGUUCAAGGAGUACAAGUCCGGACUGGAGAAGGAGAUCAAGGCCAAGGAAGUCGAGAAGUCGAACCUCAACACCCGCCGUAACAAGGUGGCGACUCGAAUUGCUAAGGUUGAGAACGAGCUUGCCAACAUCACCGACGCCAACAACCGUGGCCUUGAUGAGGCAGAACGACGAAACCAAGAGCGUUCCAUUUGGCAGGGCCAUGUCGCUGGUAUCGAAGCCAACUACAACGAGCGACUGGCUCAUGUUCGUGCGAACAAUGCCAACAAGAGUGAGGAGAUUCGACACUUGCAAAUGCAGCUGCAGAGUUUCCACGAGUACAUCAACUCGAACGGCAUGUCUUACGAUAUGAUGCCUCCUCUCGACGCAGGACACUCUCACCUUGGUCCGCCUUUCCAGCCUACGACUUCGAGUACUUGGAACCCCGAUCCCACGGCUCCUCCUCACUACCCAACUGGUCUCUGGUCCACUUCUGACAACGUCCUCCCCUCGGCAUCGGCUCCAACUCUCCCGUCCAUGUCCCUUUGGCAACCUCCCCCGACUGCGCCUCCCUUCGAGCCGCGCAUGACUCGCUCUCGCGGACGUAGUUCCAGCAUGCUCAGCAACGUCAGCGGUUUCACGCAGUCGAGCGGCGAGGAGUACGCAUCGCCGCCCAUGGACUCUCACCGGGUUAAGCACAUCUGGGCAAGUCGCACCAGGGCCAGCGGUGGCGGUAGCAGCGGCAGCGGCAGCAAUGGUGAUCCGACGAGCCCCAGGUGAGCGAGCGGUCGAGUUUGGCUGGGUGAUGUAUGGCUGUGAUGGAAGGACAGCGGCUGUUUGGUUUGAUUUCGACAGGCUUGGCUGUUGGAUAGCGCUUGCAGUAAAUAAAAGUAGUGCCAUUGUUAUUUCCGUCUGUUGAAUGGUGAUGUCUUCGUGUCUUGUACUCUUUGACCAGUCCUUUCCUCGUCCCCAAGCGGGGUUCUUCGGGCAAGCGCGCCGAGAUGAGUCUGCUCUUUCCCUCAGGAUCUCCUUACCUCAUCUCUUAUAUCGUGGUUCCCUUCUUUGAUCUUAUGUCUUAAUACUCCCCUGCUUGGCUCUUCAUCCUCUAUCAUCGUCACCACCAAACACUCUCCGGAUUCCUUUGGUGUAUGAACAAUGGCGGUCCACGCAUUUGACCCCUUCUAGAGGCAAAACUUAGGA